AUGCAGCGGACUUUCUUCAAGGACGAGCCGGCGCUCGCUGGAUGCGGAAUAAACCCGAGUAAUCUCAGUGAGUCGCUCCAGCGUUAUAUGGUGGGGGACUUGUCGGCCGGCAAGGCGCUGCUGGCCGUGGACGGAACCGACCGCCUGCUGGGCGUCUGCCUUGGCGGGGAGGUGACGAAGGACUCCCGCCAGAAGCUGCUGCAGAAGGCCAACGACUGUGGAGACGAGCGCGCCGCGACGCUCCUGCGCUUCUGGGCGCACCUCGUGCAGGUCUCCAGCCUGCCAGAAGUGCUGGGGGCGUCGCGCUCCUGGGAGGUCGAGAAACUCGCCACGGACCCUGCCGCCCGCGGCCGCGGCAUCGCGAAGGAGCUGACAGUGCAGAGCCUUGCGUUGGCGCUCCAGAAUGGGUUCCCCACAGUGUGCGUAUUCUGCACCAGCGAGUUCAGCGGCCGCCUCUGCCGCUCUCUAAAAAUGCGCCACCUCGUGGACUUCCCGUACUCGAAGUACCGCGACCAACAUGGCCGCCAGCUCAUCUCGCCCCCGCCCCCGCAUGAGCGCGUCAGCAUCUACGGCGACGACCUGCGCGCCGGCCACACAUCGACCGCCAACAAAAGCAAGGCGAAGGGGGCAAUACAACCCAUCUGGGCUGCUCCUGAAGAGCGCGAUGGAGAGCUCACGUAG